AUUCAAAAGAUAAAACUUUACAAUUCAAUAAUUCAUAAGAGAAUAACGAAAGUGAGUUAUGACAGCAAUAGUAACUCAAGUUGGCACAUAGUAGCUCCUGGCUUGAAAAAUAAAUGACCAUUCACUACAAAGGGGGUGAAGAAGUCCAUCUCUAAAGCAAGAGAAUUCAUAGUUGAGAUUCUACAACCAUGAAAGGAAAAAAAAGUCUGCCCUUGUGUCGUCUGUCUGAUCCAAAAGAGCCUCACAAACUUUGCCAACGAACGAAACCACGACUCACCCUCUGCAUCACCUGCAAAGGCCAACAACACCUUCGGGAUAAAGGUCGGUACUAUGACUAUUGUGCUACUUGUGACUUGGAAUUUCACAGAUGUUGUCACUUGUUUCCUCCAGAAAUUAAACACCCUUUCCACCUCAUCCACCCUCUCACCCUCACCUUCUUAGAUUCUCGUCUUAAUAGCUCUAAGUUUCCUGAAAUUUGAUGCUCCGAAUCAUACAUUGAUAUUUCUGGAGAUGCCUCAGAUGGGAAUCAUAAAAGAUGCAAAUCCUGUCGGAAAAAUAUUACAUAUAUCAGCGACACAGACUAUGUUUCGCUUUUUGAUAUGACAUACUAUCAUUGUGCUAUCUGCAAUUUCAGUCUACACUCUUCUUGCGUAAAGGAUUCACCACCUCUCACUAUUGAAAACCUUAAAAACCAUGACCACACCCUUACCCUCUUUCCUAGACAACUCCCUCUUCUAUGUGAUGCUUGUGGCUUUUCACUUAACACUUUCGAUGAUUCAGUUUAUUCCUCCCUUGUUCCUUCUGGUGAUGAGCUGUCUUGUGGCGUUUGUCGCAAAACUGUUGACAUCAAUUACGGCCAAUACUCUUGCAUCAAGGGAUGUCAUUAUGCUGUUUAUUCAAAAUGUGCAACAAAGAAAGAAGUGUGGGAUGGGAAAGAUCUUGAGGGAGUGCCUGAAGAAGAAGAAGUUAUUGAGCCAUUCGUGAGGAUUGAUGAAGAGACUAUACAACAUUUCAGUCAUGACCAUCACUAUCUAAAGAUUCAUCAUGCGAAUGGAGACCAUGAAAACAAGUUUUGCCAAGCCUGCAUCCUCCGGAUAACAGUUUCAGAUAGGUUCUAUAGCUGUGUCCAAUGCGAUUUUGUUCUCCACGAAACAUGUGCAUGCCUUCCUCGCAAAAUACACCAUCCGCUCACCCUCUUUCAUUUACUCUCUUCUCAUCUCAACAAGCUCCAGUCUCAUUAUUAUGACCUAAGUUUCUUCGUGUGCAAGGGUUGUAGCCGAGAAUGUUGUGGUUACAUGUACAAGUGCUGCGAAAAGGGUUGUGAAUUUCAAAUAGAUGCAAGAUGCGCUUCACUUACUGAUCCUAUAAUCCAUGACUGCGAUCCACAUGAUCACCCGUUAUUCAUCAAUUUGACCAAAGGUGAAUGCAUGGCUUGUAAGUCUUCCACCUGCUCAUCUAUGUACCUAGAAUGUAUCGAAUGCCAGCUCUUUUUGGGUCUUAAAUGUGCUACUCUGCCUACUGUGGCUCACUACAAGCACGAUAAACAUCCACUCACUUUUUGCUGCGGAGAAGAGAAGACAACAGAUCCCCAGUAUUGGUGCGAGAUCUGUGAAACAAAACUAGAUGCUACAAAGUGGUUCUAUACAUGCAACUCUUGUUCAGUCACUCUUCAUGUUACAUGCUUACUGGGUGAUAGGGUCUACAUGAAGCCAAACCAUAUGAUCAGGAUGCAUAAAGGUGCUGAAAGUAUUCUUAUUGUAUCCAACAGUGGCAACUCUAGACCAGUGUGUAAUGGAUGUAAACGCUGUUGCGUAGACACUAUGGUAGUCAAGAGGAUGAAUUAUGGUAGAGAUGAACUAGACGGGGCUAUGAUCAUAUCAAAGACUCUAUCAAAGAGUGACAUUGUUGGUAAUGUGGUAUUACCAAAAACACAAGUGAUGUCUGUCCUCACGAGGAUGAAUGGUGUUACAGAUGAGGGUUUGGACAACGGUUUUGAAGUGCAAGUCCACGACAUAAUAGAAGACGAUUUAUGCACAGUUACCCUGAAAAGAAUUGACGACACUAAGUAUUAUUUCGGGACUGGUUGGAGUAUUAUGAAGCAUUCGUUAGAUCUCGUAGAAGGCGAUGUUCUGAAGCUUUACUGGGAUCAGUUUGAAAACAAAUUCAUUGUUCUUAAUUUUCAGUAUAAGACUAUGGGAAUAAUGAUUAAUGUGUAGCUCGCUCGCUUACAUCUACCUUCCUUUCCGCUUUCCUAUAUUUAUUAGUUGC